ACUUUGAAGCCAAACUGCAUUUACUAGUGUUUACCAACUCCUCUUGAGCCACUCAGAAAACCAUACCAAACAUACUUUCUAUUUUCUUCUUAUUCUCUCUCUUCUUCUUCUUCUUCUCUUUUUCUUUAUAUCACAAACAAAGUUCAUACUUUUCAGAUACCCAUUUUCUCAUAAUGACCAACAAAUCCCCAGUUUUUCCAAUGCCAGACCCUCAACAUUUCAGUGACUAUGGCUUUGACCCUCAAAUAAACUAUUUUCAGGUGUUGGAAGAAGCCAUGAAGCACAAGCGAGAGACGGCGAGAUCCAUAGAUUCCAUCCACUUCAAGCUCCAAAAGCCCAUUUCCAAGGACGAAUCCCGUAGCAAAGCCCACAGGCCCAGGAAGAAGCGCUGGUGGAGAAGCGCCCUCCUCUUUUUCAAGUGGCGCUGGGCCCAUCCCCGCGACAACGGCAUCAACCAAGACGACGUCCACCAGGCACGAGCCCGGGCUUUCCGGGCUUCCAUCUCGGGCCCCGUGUACUGGACCGAUAGCCGAAGCGGCUCCGCCACGCCCCACCGCACUUCCAGCCGCCCUUCCUCCGGGCCGCUCGCCGGCACCCUCACGCCGCCGGCCAAGGAUGACGUGGACACUCCUUACUUAAGUCUAAGAGAACUCAACAUGGAACAACAGCAUCAUCAACUUCAGCGGAGGAUGUCUACCUCAGCCAUGCCCAUAUACUUGGUCACCUAGAAAACUUUCAGUGUUUUUUUUAAUUGUUAUUAUAAUUUUUAACCUAAGCAAAGGUGUUUGUUUGUUUGAUUUGGGAUGGAUCAUCGUUUUGAUGUUUGUUUGUUGCUUCCUUUUAAUAUAUGCAACUGGUUUUUGACCA